AUAGUCUGGGUGGGGGCUAUUCUUUUGGGGAUACUUACUGAAUCCCAUGUCUCUGCCUUUCCCACAGCAUGGAGAGCCCAGCCAGCACAGCCCCUGUCCCCAGAGCACUGCCCUACUUCGUGGCCUUCUCCCAGCUGCUGGGCCUGACUGUGGUGGCCACCACUGGUGCCUGGCUGGGCAUGUACCGUGGUGGCAUCGCCUGGGCGAGCUCGCUACAGUUCAACGUGCACCCGCUCUGCAUGGUCAUCGGCCUGAUUUUCCUGCAGGGUGAUGCCCUGCUGGUGUACCGGGUCUUCAGGAACGAGACCAAACGCACGACCAAAGUUCUGCAUGGGCUGCUGCAUGUCCUGGCCUUGAUCAUCGCCCUAGUGGGUCUGGUGGCAGUGUUUGACUACCACCGGAAGAAGGGCUACCCCGAUCUGUAUAGCCUGCACAGCUGGUGUGGCCUCCUGGUCUUCGUGCUUUACUUCAUGCAGUGGCUUGUGGGCUUUAGCUUCUUCCUGUUCCCUGGAGCCUCCUUCUCGCUACGGAGCCGCUACCGGGCCCAGCACAUCUUCUUCGGGGCCACCAUCUUCCUAUUCUCGGUGGGCACCGCUCUGCUAGGCCUGAAGGAGGCGCUGCUGUUCAAGCUGGGGACCAAGUACAGCACCUUUGAGCCUGAGGGCGUGCUGGGCAACGUGCUGGGCCUGCUACUGGUGGCCUUCAGCCUGGCUGUGCUCUACGCCCUGACACGCAGCGACUGGCGUCGGCCGGCCCACGAGGAGGAGCAGGCUCUGUCCAUGGACUUCAAGACGCUGACAGAGGGCGACAGCCCUGGCUCUUCCCAGUGAGGCACCCCUGCCCCACCACACUGAGGUUCCGGGAGGGGCCUCACACUGGUUCUGAGGGCCUCGCCAGGCACCCUUUCCGUCCCCCUCCUUGUGGUCCCGUCUGUGUCCCUGUCACCCUUCAGAUGGAGAAGUUGGGGUCAAGCUUUGGGUGGUGGGUGCUGGUGGCAGAGUGCAGGUUCCUAAGGAAGGGAGAGACCUGGGUUGGAUUUGGGGCCAGAGGGGCAGCAGGCAGCAGGAACCCUGGGCCUGGGCCACAGGCCUUGCACAGACUUCUGCCACACCAAGUCCAGAUAUGAAGCUUCUGGGUAGGUCAGACAGGUCCUUGGCAGUUGAGCAAAUGAUACCAUAUGUCAAGUAUGCUGGCUGGGACAGGCUUUCCCGAGAGGGGCGGGCCUGGCAGGCAGCUUUGCAUGUGGCUUCGGCUACUCAUUCCUUGUGCAACCCUCUCGGGAGUCUCAGGACUGCAGCUCAUGGACACUGAGAUGGAGGAUUCUAGCCUGAGUGAGGCUGCUAUGUUCCAGGAUCUCCUGCUAUUCCCCACCCCUACCCCCAUCUCAUACUGCCUGACCCACCCCUGCUGGCCCCAGGACAGGCAGGCUCUCGGCUCAUUCAGGUCGGCUGGCUCUGCUCUGACCCUUGGUGAGGACUCAGGCCAUUUUAUCUCCCCCCUUGUUUUUUCCUUUUCUAAACAAAAGCUGUUGUGGUUUCCUUUGUGUGGGGUGGAGCCACCUGCCCCUGUUUCUUCCCAUCUUGGGAGCAUCCCCACCUCCAGGCCCCAGGAAGUGAGGCAGGCGGAGUGACCCUUCCCUAGAGUGUGUUAGCUGAGUUGCUCUUGGCUUUUGUCUAGAAAUAGCAAAAUUAGAGCAUUGAUCUUGUGCCUCUCGGAUUUGGCCAAUGUUCACUUCCUGCUUUCCUUGUUUUCUGGGUUCUGGGGAGCAUGACAGUUUUGAAACAGACUCAGCUUUGCUUCACGAAGCAAUGAAGAACAUUUCCAAAUCACACAAUUCCUUCAGGAUUGCCUUUCCAUACCCCAAUAUUGCCUUAGAGGAAGGGGCUGGUCUCCUGCGCUGCCAUGUGCCUCUGUGGGGGUCCAGCCGGGCUGCCCCACCCCAGGUGACCUGUGGGCACUGGGUGCGAGCUGCUGGUUCCCCAAGGGCCAGGCCUCGUCCAUCCCUUUGCCUUGCACCCACCCGAACCUCAGAUGUUUACAUGUGGGAACUCCACCUUGGACAAACUUCCAGAGUACGACGUGCAUUGUGCCAGGACAAGAAGCUGUUCUGUUUGCCCGUGUGAGGCCCGGAAGGCUGAUUUGUAUUUAUUUUAUUUUGCUUGUGGCCACUCCUCUGUGCAACGUGUUGUUGGUGCAAUUGAUGAUCCAAUAAAUGUCUGCAGCAGA